AAAGUCGAACUGCCAGCGCUACAACGGCCAUAUCGAUAAAAUAAGUGCCGUACAGUCAAUAUUUUGGCGCCCCCUCGUUCGCGAAAGGUAUAUGAGAGUGUUCGACUAGGGAGAUAUAAAAAUUCUUGGAAACUAAGCUAUUUCUUAUAUUUCAACGAUAUUGAACACGUGACAAGACAAAUCUUUAAUAUUUCAAAGGGUAAACGUUGAAUUAUUAUUAUUAAAGACGAAUAUCGGAGAGAAAAAUAUAUAUAUUAAAGACUAAAGUGAAGAGGGAGCCGUGAAACGCGUGACAACGUCACUGCGCCACGAUUACUGCCACGAUGGCCGAGGAGGCAGAGAUAAACGAUAAAGCAACGAUGGAAACUAUAGCACAGAAUAUUCUUGAGGUCAGUAGUGGAGGCGGGUCCACGACGAACGACGUAAGUACGCUUGAAUUUCAAGCUUCGCAAGUAAUUUCUCGUCUCGAAGAAGCUGUUGAAAGGGGUGCCGAUGGCGGUGGUACAACUUGGAACAAUACUUCGGGUUUUCUUUCGCGUGCGAAAAGUCCUGAAGAAAUAUUAAGUUUGAUACAGGAUUUAGUUAUCCAUGAAGAUGCACCGCAAACUACUGAAGAUGAUACGGGAGAACCAGCAAAUAGUCAAGUUACUAAUUUACCUACUUUGACGGAAACAGCAAAGCUAGCUUUAAUAGCACAUACUAUCUCUGCUUAUGCAGUUGCACUUCCAAGGUCUCAUGCUCAAAGAUUAGCUGGUCGCUUAGCUGCAGACACAACGCGAUGGCUUAGUCAUAUUUUUCGGUUUAUGGAUUGUGCUUCUUCGUUCCAUGAAGAUCAUUUGGAAGGAUUGGUUAGAGUAACUAGACUAGCUCUACAUCGUAAAUAUCCUAGAUAUAUGGAAGAAGGAUUUACAGCUCUUGCUUCAUCGUCACCUCUUAUUUAUAGCUCAGUAGCUGCCCCUUUAGCUGUUGUUCAACAUUUGUGUAGACAGCUUUCUUUACCACUUCAUUGUGUAAGACCUAUUCCUCAUAAUACUAUGUUCGGGUCACGUUAUAGUAUGGAUAUUGCUGCAUUAGAAAGACGUUUAGCAGAAGAUACGCAAUCUAAUAAUGUUACACCGUUAUUAGUUUUGGCAGAAGCAGGAUCUGUAUUAACAGGACAUUGUGAUAAUAUCACACGAUUACGUGCUAUUUGUGAUAAGUAUAAUGUUUGGUUACAUUUGAGAGGUCAUUCCUUAGCAGCAUUAGCAUUGAAUAAUUCUACAAGAGAUUUGCCUUCAAAGAUCGCAGAUAGUAUUACUUUACCAUUAGGUGUAUGGUUAGGUAUACCAUCAUUACCAGUUGUUACAUUGUAUAGAUUAACAGAUACAAAAGGUGGAAGACCCACUACACGAGACACAACAUUAUCCCUUAUGUCUGGUUUAAUGGCAGAUUCAUUGUCAAGAAAGUUACCAACAUUACCUUUAUGGUGUACAUUGCAAGCUCUAGGUAGAGAUGGUGUACAAAAUAGAUUUAAACAAUGUUUUUCAGCAAUUGAAGAAUUGUACAAUAAAAUUAAAAAACUCAGUUGUAUCAGUUUAUUGAGUCAAACACCUGGUGGUGAAUCUGGAUCAUAUACAAUAAACGAUCUUUUAACGAACCCUGUUAACAGUUCACAAAUAUUUGAAAUUGUUUCAAGUUCAUUAGUUUUUCAGUUCGUACCUGCAGAUCGUGAUCCUCAAGCCAUAGAACGUGUACCGCCUUAUUACGAUAAAUUAAAUUCUUGGUUGGGACAAAUAUUGCAGAGGGAUAUAGAAAAUGUGCAAAUAGAACUUUGUGAAAUUGAACAUCAUGGUGUCGCUAUUCGCAUUUGUCCUUUGGAAAGUCCUGAACAGCCACCAACUUCUGAAGAUAUAGAUAAUGUAGUAGCAUGUCUGGAGCAACAAAUAGAAAUAUUGUUGGCCACAGUUGAGCACAAAGAUACUUUCGUUCGUUUAGUUUCUGAGAAUGAUUCAUUACACCUGGUAGAAAUGCCAGGUUGGGCAGGCUUAGGUGGUGUUAGAUAUGCUCCGCCAACUUGGAUCCAUGUUAUGACGGAUCAAGCUAAAGAAGAAUUGAAUAAAUUAAAUACGCAAUUAGUAGAAGCUUUACGGAGUACAGAUGCUGCUUUUUCUCUUGGCGAAGGAGCAGAUGGAUUAGCUUGUGUGCGAUUUGGCAUGGUUACACAAGAUACAGAUGUGGCAGAAUUAUUGUCUUUAGUUCUUCAAGUAGGGCAAGAGGUGGAAGCGAGCUCAAAAUUAUUAGAUACUAUAUCAGAAGUGGUUAAAAGAGGUAUCGAAGCAGCACAAACAGAUUUAGAGAGAGAAAAUGCAGAAAAGCUUUGGCAAGAGGGUAUCUUAAGGCAUGUACCUGUAGUAGGAACAUUAGUCAAUUGGUGGAGUCCUCCUUCUAAAGAAACUGGAGUGCGAGGACGCAGUUUAAAUUUACAAGCUGGAGUUGUCGAGAGUACGGAAAAUAUUUAUAAGUAUCAUAUGCAAUUACAACCAAAUGCAACUAACAGCAAUGGUUCUGGUGCAAGAACACCACCUCAACCACUUGUACAAACACCUGUUGGAGCUGGAAGCCAAAGUCAUAGUCGAUCAUCCAGUCAUUCCAGUCUUCAAAGUGGUAAAAGUAUUUCGGUAAUAACAAAUACUACUUGUCAUCCUCAAGUUAAAGAAGAAUCUAGUGAAGUUAAAUCGUAGUAAAUAUUACACACAUUAUGAAUAUAACAAUGAUUUCUCUCUUCAAAUAAUAAGAAAAGUGGACUUGACAGGUAAGCAAUGAAUUUAUAAAAAAAUUAUGUAAAAUAUUUUCAAAAAAAGAUACAUUAAUAUUUAUAGAGUGAAGUAUUAAUUCCAAAAUUUGUAUAUUAAAAAGCUUGUUAACAACAUCGUAAAGUAAAAGAUUGCUAAUUGCUUCUUAAGCGAUUAUAUAAGAGCUAUGAAUCAUUUUAUAUUUCUAAAUAUUUUUUUUUUUUUUUUUUUUUUUAACGAAAACUUUUAUUAUAGACAUUUUCUUUAUGAAUCUAAUUCAUUUUUAAAUUGUCCUUGGCCCUGUGUACUUAUUAAGUGUAUCAAAUUAUUUCUUUAACGAAUUGAUAUAAUUAACCACGUGGUGAUACAUUUUUUUUUCAUAGCACAAUAUCUUUCUUUCUAUAUCAUUGAAAACAAUAUUAUAUUAUUUUCUCAAUAUAAGAUUAAUGUGAAUAAACUUGAUGGAUAAUAACAAAUAGAUACAUUUAUGACAAA